AUUGACGAAUUUCCAAUUGCUCUCCGCCACGCUUUUGUUCACAUGUGGGACAAUCAAGUCGCUCCUACACCAGGCUUUUAUAAAUGGGACGACUCACCUCUAGUUCGCAACAUGUUUCUAAGUAAAGAGGGUGGAAAGACAAAAUAUAUUCCAACCAGUAAAUCAUAUCAUGAGUGGGACUGCACAGCGCUGUUUGAAGCCACUCUCUAUGCUCAGAGCUUUGCCGUGCCGGACGGAAGUGGCUGGUUUUCUACUUUAGACAAAGUGUACGUGAAGCCUCGUCGUUUACCAAGUGGAACAUUUCACCCUGUCAUUUCAAGCCCUUGUGGAAACCAGGCCGAGACGUUUGCGUUAGCACUGGAUCAGCUUCGUCUGCUACGCAACACACUCUGCCACCAGACAAGCACCCAAAAGAUUGACAGGACAACUUUUGAUCAUUAUAUACAGCUGGGAAAAGAUGCAUUUGCUGCACUAGGACAGGACACAACGAGGAUUGAUGAGAUCGGAAAGCUUGAAGAAGAAGACUUUCCUACUGCUAGGCUUCAAAAGCUGAAAGAAGAGUUGAAGAGAGAAAAGGACGUGGACAUCAAGUUUAAGCAAAUGAGCGAUCACCUCAACCAAAUCCAAUCUCAAAUGAAAACUCAUGUGCAGAAGAAAGUGGAAGAAGUCAGGUCAGACGUAAAAACAGAAGUAACAUUUGUGCAGAAGAAAGUGGAAGAGUUUGAGAGAAAAUUGCAAAAUGUCGAAUCGGACGUGACAAUUGCAACAUCAGAGCUGUCAAAAAUGAAGGUAAACGCCAACGACGUAAAACAAGAAGCGCUGUCCGGAUUGACAAAUGGUAAGUCAAGUAAUCACUUACCCGUCUCUCACCAGCCCCAGCCCCUCCCCCCACCCGGCGGUUUUCGCGCAACUUUUCUAUAUGUGCUUUCCCUACUAUCAUGGAGACUGGAACAGGCUAAGUAAUCAAUGUCUGUUUUCACGCAAAAGGCCUAUCUUUCUUGGGUAGGAAACUGUCCCACUCGUUUUGUAUAUGCUGACUUGUCAAAGGGUAUUCCUUUCAAGUGAAAAAAGAACAGUAGUACUAAAAGGGACACAUUCAGCUGAUGCACAUGCGCAUUAGAUACCAUUUCUUAGCUGAUUUGCAUAUCUCAAAAUACGCGAUCCAUACUUUAAAAUACUCAGGAACAGGUUUUCAGUAAAGGAUUGAAGAUCGAAUGAAACACUGGGCAAGAUAAAGGAGAUCUCUAGAUGUAUUGAACGCGUACUUUGAUUUUCAAAGUGGCCAAACUAGUGUCCAGGUCAACGCGGUCCCAAAGCUGUGAGUCUCUUUAAAAAGCAUGACGAAACAAAGAUCAAACAAUAGCACAAAAUGCCUUCCCUAGUUUGGCUGAUUCAGUGUUGACACUCUGCACAUUGCUAACAUACCAAAACUGAGGAGAAAGUGCCGCCUUUGUGAGGAAAUCUGCAAACGGUCAGUAUGCUUUCUAGACUUCUCAGAUGAGGACGAUAAAGCGUAGGCCCCAUCUCACGACCAUUGCUCAUAAUAACGUCCCAUGAGACGUUAAAAAACACAUAUGCACAAUCCUCGUCUCUGGGUUCAUCUUUAACUAACACUCAUAUUAGGGGGUAUUCAUAACUCCUUACUUCGGUAUCAAGUAAAGUCCCCCAACCAGUGUUAAAUUAUCUCUGAAAGGCUAAGUGGAAAAUCAGUUGGAGUGGACUGCACUGCACUGGAAUGGAACAGAUUUAUUUGAGUUUUUAUUUGACUUGAAUUAGAUCGGUCAAAUAUUUAAUGUACAUUUUUAAGGUUUUGCCUGAAUAGUGGUAUGAAGUCGUUCAGGUCACUUUUCCACGCGAUCCUGGUUCCGAGUUUUCCCGAACGAGUUUGCUUAGACCGAUUUUGUUCGAGACAUGAUCGGGAAAUGAGCGGAAAACGGUGGGGGAAAUAUUUCGGACAUGUUCAGGCAGUGGUCGGAAAUGAUCGGAAAUGGUCGGCAAUGGUCAUUUGCUAUGGGAGUGUAAAAACUGUCUAAAAUUCAUUAUUUCAUGUAGAUGAGACGAUAAUUAAUCAACCCUAGACCUCUUGAAGCCACCUUAAGGUGAUGUUACACGAGACGAUUUGUAACGACAAUAUUUAGUGCAAUACAGUGUUGUAAAUAAUGUUGGGGCAAUGUUGCAGCUAUUUGAAACAAUGUCGCAACAACGUUGUUAUGCUUUGUUGCGUUAAAAGUCGUCGUUGCGAAUCGUCCAAUGUAAGUUGAAUGGUACGCAUGCGGACAUGACGAGUUAAAUAGAUACCCACUUGCCCUUGUAUAAGUAGACGGGAGGUAAGUCGUCUCCCUCAUGCGAACAUUUUUUUUAAGAAUAUAAAAGCCAGGAAGCUGGGCCAUUUAUUGUCAAGUCAAUCACCCUUUACAAGACUACAAAAUCUAAGCACUAUUUACAAAUCGAGUACAAGAGAACUAACACACAAAAACACACAAAAAUAUAUCUAUCCUUUUCAAAAUCUCAGCCUCGGCUUUAUUCUUAAAAUAUUCUUAAAAUUUCGCAAAUUUCAGCCUCGAUAUUCUUAUAAAAUAUAUUCUUAUAUAAAAAAAGAGUGUAACAAAAUCUGAGUACUAGGUACAAAAUUAAGGGGGGAAACUAACAACUGUCCUAUUGCGUACCGUACACAAAAUACUUUCUAAAGCCCAAAAGUUUUCCUGUUCAUUCGUACGCGAUGCAAGGAUGCGAAGCGACACAUCCCUCUUUACAAUAGAACAAUACGUAACUGUGACGUACCCUGUAUUUAGUUUAGGUAAAAGAGAGUUGAUUAGAUGUGGGAGUUCAAUUUCUGUCCACUCAUGCCACCAUUUACAAGAGCAUGGAUGCGCACUACAAUGGAAAGAUUAAUAUAUGAAUUUAGCCAAGGCUAAAAGCAAAGCGUCCAUUUAUAUACUUUUAAUUACUUUUUAAAAGGAGGUGCGAAUUUUGCAGUCUUUCGUUUUUUACUUAUUCGUUUUAGUGUAUUCAUCGCCGACAAAGAAUCUACUUUUAUAGAUCGAUUUGUUUCGUUUAACUCUGUCCGAAAAGUUGCACAAAUAUACAGUGCGUGCAUGUUAGGGAAGUUUUCGCCAAGCGCGUGCUAUUUCCACUCGACCAAAGCAAUAAAUUAUAUCAGUGUCGGUGCCUUAAAGGGACAGUGUCCCGAUUAUGUGUACGCGCAAGCGUCAUCUAUUUUUCCUUCAAAAGACAAUAGAACUGUCAUAUUGACCCGACAAGAUUUCCUUCCGGACCGCACCGCCGACGGUGAUUUGUUGUUUACAUUCUCAAGUAACAUUUUAGACUUUCGAAGAAGUCUUUCGUAUGUAAAUUUGGCUAGCGGCACGAAGACUCAUCGCGAUUUUAUCGCUAGCAGGGCCGCCUCGCUACCCGAAAUUCUCGUUCCGCUCGCUUUAAGGACAGCUUUUCUAAAGUGAAACUCGUGUCGGAGGUAAAUUGUUCCAAGCCCAGUAAUAUUUGCCUGAUUUGCUCGCGUUCUAGCGUCAAAAGUUUGAAAAUAAAUAAAUAAGCAAUCUCAACGCUAUGAAUCAUCACAAAGGUUAAGCGACUUUGCAGAAAAACUUUUUUGGGUACUUGUUUUGACAAGAUGUUAAAAUGCACAUGAGUACUAUCCAAUCUUCCCCCACAAGUUCGCGACUUUGUAGAAAAACGUCUUUUGUGCGUGACUGAACAAGAUUUUGAAAUGCGCAUGCGUUCUAUCCAAUCUUGAAAACAAAAUUAAGUUAACGCCUCUUGAGAAGAAAUUUUUUAAGCCUUUGUUAAAAGAGGCGAAGGAGGAAGAUUUAGUUAUCUUAGCAUUCAGAGAGUUGUAAAACUUUGGACCUUGAAAGUAAACGGAAAACUGCCUUGUAUUGGUUCUGCAUAGCGGUAAACGAGAAGAUUGAGCCCUCCUAGUAUUAUAAUUAUGUAUUUGGUUGUUCAUUUAAAAAAGUAUUGAAUUUUGAAGGGAAUGUAGAAUUCUUAAAUGAAAACAUAAAAAGGCCAAAUUGAAACAAGUGGAUUUAUUGACAUUUCAAGAGCUUUUGCUCCUUAAAGAUCGGGUCAGUAUGGGCAUCGUACCUAGAUUUGCUUACUAUUCUUUGAGUGCGCUUCUGUAAAAUAAUUCCACUCUCACAUGCCAGCAACUCUCUUUUACCUAGGCUACAGGGCUCUUAUAUAUCUUUCUAUUGUAAUGCGCAUGCGUAUCCUUGAAAAUAUUCACAUGAGGGAACAAAACUUCCACUCCCACAUGUAUGCGAAUUGACUUUCGUUUACUAAUAAAUUGCAAAUCCACUGUAGUGCGCAUGAGUGGACAGAUAUUUUUGGAGAGUCUAGCCCCUGUUUUAGCUAUGAGCCUAAAGCACCGGAACCUUUGUGAAGAAGCGAAGCUUUUAACAAGAAGCUCAGUAACAGACAACAGAAGCACCGCAGCCAAGGUACAGAAGCUCAGCAGCGUAGCCUCGUUUCAUCGUACUGUUUUCUUCGGGGCACCGUUGGCUUUUCUUCGUUUCGUCGCUAUGGGCUUAUGUCGUCGUUGCGUCAUUUUUAUGUCUUCGUAUCGUCGGGUCUUCCUUUCGUCGACUGCGCUACGUACUUGGGUAGGUACUUGAUGUAUGGGGACAUACAUUGUACCGACUCAGUCCUUGCAUAAAUAUAAACCUUCCCUUUUUUGCUUGGUACCUUGUUACUCUGUCACCCUGUUACCUUAAUUGUUACCUUAUUGCUCUGUUAUCUUGUUACCUUGUUACUCUGUUACCUUAUUGCUCUGUCCCCUUGUUACUCUGUCCCUUUGUUACCCUCCUCCCUUGUUCUCUUGUUACUCUUUUGUCAUUUUUUUAAUUUUAGUUUACUUUUGCAUGACAAAUCACAAUUUUUUCCCCGUAUAGACGCGGUUUUUUUGGGGGGGGAGUAAGGUCGUGGUUUAAUGGUUUACAUUACAAAUCGGUUUUCGUUCAGAGUAAUUGUUAGCAAUCAGCUUUCGUCGGUAAAUUUUUCCUCUUAUGGGUUCUUGUUGACGGAAAUCAAACAAAAGGUUCCCUUUUUUUGAGAACAGCGCUUGGUAGCAUGAAUAGAUUGUGCUAGUAAAUCCAACAGAAGUUGCUUGACAAUACACCCAAAAGUUGCUCUAAAGUUGCUAAAAAAUUUAAAAGUUGUCACCCAAAUUUAGAAAAGUUGCUUACUUUUGAGAGUCAUUUUGUUCCAGAUUACUACUCAAAACAUGACGUUGUAUGUGUAAUUUAACAUCAUUUGUUGUGAUCAAUAUAAUCUUUAAGCUGAACGUAACUAAUAAUAGAAAGUAUUUUCUAAUGACGUUUCUAAUGAGUAAACGUCAUGUUUGCUAUAGACAUCGUUGUGCUGACUAUACACUUUAGACAGUGAUCAAGUUUACAACUUUAAAGUUUCCAGCCUCUUUGCAUUGUUGUAUCUUAUCAUAACUGAAGCCUCAAGGUAGUCCUCUAGGCCAUUGUCUUGUUGAUCGUUAAACUUCUAGAAAUUGAAGCUCUUAAAGGACUACUAAGAGUUGCCCCAGCCGCUAAGGUAGCCUCAGUCGGGUCAAUACCUGUAUUAUUUUCAUUUUCCUCGUCAGACAUUUCAGCUUGUAAUUGUCGGAUCCCUCGCACUGCAGCAAAUACCAAGAUGGCGGGCGGGCAGCUCUAUUGUUGGAGCGAAUAACCGCUGGAUGUAAGCGCCUGUUAGAUAGAUAGCUGCUGUCCAGUUCGUGGGCGCACCUGUUAUUUUAUAAAUUAUUUGUAAGAACCUAUGACAUCCUUCAUUUUGGCCAGUUGUAAUAAAAACCUUUUAAUAAAGACCUUUUAGAUGGUUUGGUCAGUUUUUAAAACUAUUUGUUGACUCAAAAGCUGCCAAGGAAGGCAAAAGUUGCUCUAGGUUGCUCGCAGUUCAAAAAAGUUGCCGAAAACGCUAAAAGUUGCUCAAUCUAUUUAUGCCUAGCGCUUGGACCAUGACGAAGGCUCUCUGUCUCAAUCCUAUGGCAGCUUAAGCCUGUUAUAGUUUCUUUUGGCUUUCAUACUUUUAUCAUGACUUUCUAAAAAAUCGUAAAUGACAUUCAGAACUUUGCGAAAACGGAAUAUUUUCCGAUAUCUCUCUCUCCGUCACAACUUUUAAAUCUAAGCGAAAUUUCUGGGCAAUAUUUUUACGAUCAGAUAUUUUGCAUAAAACACCGAGUCUUAGGGCGUCCUUGUAAAAUGACUUAACAACGCGGCAGGGUCCUACAACAGGUGUAGCGUUUAAGCGCUUUCAGUCAAUACCACACAAGGCUGAAGUUUAAUUACAUUCGUUUUUCAAUCAUACCUUAUCUGUUAUCGACACAAUCGUUGAAAAUCGCACAACACGAGGAAAUUGAGUUACUAGUAUACUCAGUUCAGUUUUGCAUUGAAUACUAGAUCACUACAAGCCGGUUUCCUCCAUCUACCACUUAAGUGUUCAAAAUUUUUUGUGACUUCGAGAGGUCAGUUGUACAAGCUUGACGUCAGACUUAACUGCCAACCCUCGGCUUUACCUGAUCUCGACGACACAACAAGUAGACAAGAUGACAUGACAAAUCGGCAAAACGACAGAACAAGCCGACAAGACGACAUAGAAAAUAGGCAUCGAGUUAUGUUUGACCCCGAAUACCGCUCCACAGCACCAGGGUUACCCUCCUUCCUUGUAAACAGGGCCAAGAGUGAAAACGGUGCUUUCAUAUUAGUAUAACUGCAGCUUCUAAAAGAUCGAAUUUUCAACACCUUUUCGGCUGGGAAUGAAUUAUAGUUCAACGAAUUAUCUUUAUAUCAAAGCCUAACUCGACCUGGCUUAUAAAAAUAAAUGUAUUAUAAAUGAAAAUAAUUCUUUAAAAUUUCAACAUCAUUUAGCUAGAGUAUAUUUGCCCUAUCCCAGGGAAACAAGGAAACAGAGUAACAAGGGAACAAGGGAACAGAAUAAUACAGAGUAACAAGAUAACAGAGUAACAAGGUAACAGAGUAACAAGGUAACAGGGUAACAGAGUAACAGGGUAACAAGGUAACAGAGUAACAAGGUAACAGAGUAACAAGGUUACAGAGUAACAAGGUAACAUAGUUACAAGGUAACGGAGUAACAAGGUACAGGGUAACAAGGUAAAAGAGUAACAAUGUUACAAGGUAACAGAGUAACAAGUUAACAAGGUAACAGAGUAACAGGGUAACAGGGUAACAGAGUAACAAGGUAAGAGAGUAACAAGGUAAUAGGGUAACAGAGUAACAGGGUAUCAAGGUAACAGAGUAACAGGGUAACAAGGUAACAAGGUUACAGAGUAACAAGGUAAAAUAGUAACAAGGUAACGGAGUAACAAGGUACAGGGUAACAAGGUAAAAGAGUAACAAUGUUACAAGGUAACAGAGUAACAAGUUAACAAGGUAACAGAGUAACAGGGUAACAGGGUAACAGAGUAACAAGGUAAGAGAGUAACAAGGUAACAGGGUAACAGAGUAACAGGGUAUCAAGGUAACAGAGUAACAGGGUAACAAGGUAACAAGGUUACAGAGUAACAAGGUAACAAGAUAACAGACUAACAAGGUAACAGAGUACAAUAUAUGUUCCAAUACAUCAAGUAUCAAGUACCUGCCCAAGUAUGUAGCUCAGUCGACGAAAGGAAGACCCGACGACACAAAGACAUAAAAAUGAUGCAACGACGACAUAAGCCCAUAGCGACGAAAGGAAGAAAGGCCAGCGGUGUCCCGAAGAAAACAAUACGAUGAAACGAGGGAUGCGGAUUCAUUUUAAAGGUCAAAUGAACCAAAAAAUUGACAUAUUUUCUUUUGUCGCUUUACCUUCACCAAACACUUAAAAGAACCAUCCUAAGUAAGAUUUGGGUAAACAUUUAUCUUCUCAAGCCUUUAUAGAAAGAUAAAAGAUCAAAAUCCGAGGAUUUCCGAAAACUUCACGAAAACGUUUCUGAAAUGGCCGCGUGUUAGACUGGAGACUACGUGACGUCAAUGUUGGUCCUUCAGGGCGGAAAAACGUUCUGCGCAAGCUUUUGCGCAUCCCUUAUCGCCUGCGUUUGUUUGUCUAGUGCUGUGAGAGUUCUGACUGAGACUGAAUGAAAUACACGAGGUGCGAACGUUUGCUCCUUGUAAAGACUUUUUUUUGUUUGUUUUUGUCGUUGUUGUUGUUUUUUCGUCCCUUGAAAAUUACUUUGGAUUCAGAACAACCAAUGUUACAGUAAAAACAGAUCAUCCGUCAGUCUGAGGAGGAAUAAAACGUUUUGAACAUUUCCAGAUAGGUUUGUAUUUUUCUGAUAAUUGUGCAUUCGAUUUGUGAAUUGAUUUUUUGUCCAGUGCUUUGCCUUCUUUCGCCGGACUGAAUUAAAACCCGCUUGUAUUCUGUUAUUAGUAGUUACAGUUAGUCUUUUUAAAUGCCCAGAUUUAUUUACCUUUGCAGAGCCAGCUUUAUCCUUGUCUUAUGUCAAAGAACCGUGAUGCUAACGCUUGCGAGUGAACAAACUUGAGCGCUUAAAACAUCCUCGGAACUUUAGAAGGCCAGCAAGCUUACUCGAGAAGAAAAGACUACUUCGAUCAUUUUUCUGUUGCUCAAGUAAUAGUAGUCAGAGUUUUUUUCCUUUAGUUUUUUCACUUUAAAUUACUUAGUUUUGUUAUCUUUCUGUACGCAAAUUUUCCUUUCUCUCGCUGUGGAGUAACGGAGAACGACAACUGCCGGCAGAGACUCCAAAACAAUCGACUCUUUGCCCGUAAACAAUUGCUGAAGCCGGAUUUGACUGAGGCGAGCAAAACAAAUCCUUAUGUGCAGUUUUCUGUAUUUUCUAAUGAUUCAGUUUGCUGAGUUUAAUUUGCUUGAAUGAAGACCCUCGCAUGGACCAGUUAUUACUAAAAAAAAGUAGCUAAUUUAGCUAAGUUGUCGGAAUCAUGGCUUGGCUGCGACUCUUGCAACUGAUCUUUUUCUUUAAGAUCUUUAGGCAGGUUGUUUCCGUACAGAAAAUUCACUUCUUCUUUGUCAUCAGGUAUAAGAGCCUUAAGCCUUAUGUUUUUUUUAAUGAAAAUUUGUUGUUUUGCAACCUUAUUGAAGCUUUUUUUAGUUCACUUAAGCUAAAUUUUAUGCAUGAUGGAAUUGUUCUUUGCUUUUGUCGCAUCUCUUUGCUAGCUUAAAGUGGCGUCUAUGGUCCUUAAAGUGACCUCAAUAGGUAAUUAAAUCUUAUACAUAAUUGGAAAGAAGUUUUUGCAAUAAUGUAACUUUAACUUUGUUUGAAGGAAAUCUCACUUACGCCUAGGUUUUUUAACAGGUGUUAUGCAUGUUCAACUUGACAACACAAAGCAAAAUUAACCUGCGCGAAACGAUCAAGUUUAGAAAACUAUGGUUGCUUUGAAACCGAUCUUGGGGAAGAUUUACUAGAUAAAGAUUAACUCUUUUUCUGCCCACAUAUCAACGCUAAAACUUCUACAUUGAGGAUUUUGUUUACAUUUUACUGAUCUGCGAAGCUAGAAGUGUCCGAUCGAGCGUAGGUUUUAAAAUAUCAGCUCGAGUGCGACAAAGUUCAGAGACUUCGAACACAUUGUGGGCAAACUUGAAUUUCUUUGGGCAGAUUGUUAUACAAAGAUAUUUCGUUUUUGUGUCCACGGUGGAGCUCCGGACCUUAUAUAUCCAGGAACUUCCUUAUAUGAACACAUUUUGUGAAUGCAUCUUGGAAAAAAUUUGACUUACGCACGCACAUUUCCAGUACAACUCAAGGAAAUUAGUAAAUGUCUUAAAAGUCAGUUUUACUAUGAUGUAUUCUUCGAGAAAAUUAAAUUAUAAGAAGGUUAUAACCACAGCUUGCAACUUUUGAAGACAAAUUGCCUGUUCUUUCCAGAUUUAUGGCCGCACAAACCACUUCUGCGCCAAGUCGACUCGAAAAACUCUGUUUCGAAUUUCCCGCUUUUUUUCACCUGACCAACAUUGACGUCACAAGCUGUUUUUUCCGACAAUUUUUCCGACUGCUCUACGAAGAUAAGGGCCAAAAAACAGCAAUUUUUAAUAGCGAAUAUCUCGGAGAUACUUGCUUCAAUUGAGCUGAAACUUCAUGGUAUGUUUAUUUGGUUCAUAUUAAACACAUUUCACUAGAAUUGAACUAAAAUAAAAAAAUGUCGAAUUUUUGGUUCAUUUGACCUUUAAGAUUAUUAUAAUUACUUUUAAAGCGAUCCAUGGACAAGCUCCGGUAUAUCUACAAGAACUCAUUAGCAAAAGGGAGGAAAAGAGAUACAAUUUAAGAUCGUGUGCAAUGGGAAUCAUGCUUCAAACNAGCAAUUUUUAAUAGCGAAUAUCUCGGAGAUACUUGCUUCAAUUGAGCUGAAACUUCAUGGUAUGUUUAUUUGGUUCAUAUUAAACACAUUUCACUAGAAUUGAACUAAAAUAAAAAAAUGUCGAAUUUUUGGUUCAUUUGACCUUUAAGAUUAUUAUAAUUACUUUUAAAGCGAUCCAUGGACAAGCUCCGGUAUAUCUACAAGAACUCAUUAGCAAAAGGGAGGAAAAGAGAUACAAUUUAAGAUCGUGUGCAAUGGGAAUCAUGCUUCAAACGCCAAGAACUUUAAAUAAAAAGACAUUGGGUGACCGUGCUUUUUUAGCUGCGGCACCUAAACUGUGGGAAGGGGUUACCAUCACAAAUACGAAAUGAGCCCAAUUUUCAUAGGUUUAAAGGUUUACUUAAGACCCAUUUUUUUAGAUUAGCUUUUUAUUAGGAUUUUUUAGGAUUAUGUAUAUAUUAUAUUUUUAUAGGUCCAUUGUUUUUUUAUAUAAUAUUUUUAGUUAUUUUGGAUAACUUAUUAAUGUCGAUAAUUUACUUUCAUGUAUUGCGCAUUUGAUCAUAUUUACACGUAUUUUGCGCAAUAUAAAUAUUAAAUUAUUAUUAUUAUUAUUAUUAUUACGACUCGAAGACAUGGAACCGACGCCACGAAGACAACAGAAAAUGACUCGAAGAACAAUUUUCGAAGCGAAGAAGUGUUUCCAAGGCCACGAAAUCUGAGUAUCGAUUUUGUCCCCGAUCUGACGCCGUAGAUAUUUAUGGGACUUGACUUUCAUCUAUCAAACGGGUAUAUACUUCGUAUCGUAUAUCGUGAGGUAUUCCACCAGGAACUUAAAGUUUUUCAGUACACAAACUUCAGGGAUCCCAGGCUCCUACACAGCAGUCCACAUGGUUGCAAAAUAUAGGGACUUGUAUCCGACUUUGCAAUCGCUGGUUAAAAAAGCGAUUGGAAAAUGACAAAUACCGUCGAUUGCAACUACCCGUGAACGCUCGCGCUCAAAACAUGUUUUCACACGGCGUCAAACGUCUGAGUUUCAGGUGUCAAACUUUGAAGUUUUCCCGCCCAAAUGUGAAGUUCCCUCGGUAGAGUCGGUGUUCUCGUGGUUCACUCUGUUCUCUUGACCGUUCACUGUCAGCGCGGUCAAGAAAUCAGAGAAAAAUCAGCGAAAAUCUUUUCACUGAUAUGGGGAGCCGAAAAAGUAUUGAGGACUUUCUAAGAGAAGUGGAUGAAGAUUUAUUAAUAUAUGCUGGUGAAUUACGAAACAAUGGUUUUACGUCAACAGCGACCGCAAAGUAUCUAACAGAAAACGAUCUAGCGGGAAUCCCUGAAGGACAUAAGACUUAUCUUAAAUAUGGUUAGCCGUCUGAGAACGCCCGUACGUGAAAGACCGCAAACUAAGUUCCCCUCAUCCUCAGAGAAAAGUCCAGCUUCUAAAUCUCCAGCGAGGAAAAAAAACUGUCCUUAGUGUUGGCGAGGCAAGUGUUGGACAAGAAGCACAGUGUGGUCACAACGUGAAGCCAGCGUCUCGCGCCCAACGAUAAGACGAAAAUUACUGUUCCCUGGAUAAAGAUUCAUCCGAGAAAAACGUUGCGCUGUGGAGGAAAAACUUGCCGACGCAACUGAAAAACGAAAAGUCCUAGAAGAUCGUUACCGAAGAAUAAAAGAGGCUUCUUCCGAAAAUAACCUUACCGGCCAACGAUGCAGUAAUUGCCAUUACCGAAAUCUUACUGUUCAAAGUUGUCAGAUGGAAAAGUGCGAGUCAGUAUUUUUCUGUGGCGAAAUAACGCGAUAUCCUGACGAAAAGAUGAAGCUCCAAGAGCAGAAGAACAAAAUAAAAGCAUUAGAAACAUCAGCAACUAAACUUGAACAAGAACUGAGGUCUAGGGAAGCAGCUUUUGAUAGAGUGCAGGGGUCUGUAAACAAACAACUAGAAAACAUGCUACUCAAAGAAUACCCUGAAGAAUAUGUCCAAAACAGUGCAAGAAAUUGGCUGAAAAUUCAACAGGACAUUGCGUUUGUGAAGAAAUCAUUAAACGGCAGUGGACCGCCUCGACGAGAAAUUGUGAAAUCUCUCCUUGAGAGAAAAAAGUCCGCUGAGAACGACAAACGCCUUGGACUUAAAAGUCUUCCAAAAGGUGGCGCCGCCGCGAACAGCUCAACUGCUGAUUGCUCGCAAACCAGAGUCCGGCUCGAAAGCUACGGUGUAACUUUCCCUGAUCGGCGAAACUUUACUAGCUCAACCAGUUUCUGCUUGUCGCCAAGUACAGCAGAGGAAGAGGAAUAACAGCUUUGCAUGGCUAAAAAGUUGUCUCUUGGUUCCAUACCAUUUGAUAAUGGCGAUAACACUGAACAAACUAAGGAAGUGGCCAAUAUUUUGCUGUCCUUCAAGUUUUCAAAGGAAUGAAUGAAACUUUGACUUUGUCUACGGUAUUUAAAGUAGCCUGUGUGCUCGAUUAACCGUUAAUAACUUUACUGUUAUUGUAAGAUCAUAACUAGUUUCUGCCAUGUCGACAUCCUUUUUCUCUUGUCGUUUAAGCAGUAAAAUGUUAGGAUCUUUUGAAACAGAAAGUUCAUUUUUUGUCGAAAUUGCACAUCGAUUGUCGUUUUUGCAUGUGUACGUUUAUGCGGAAACUUAGCAAUUGCCGUUUUCUCAGAUAAGUUGAUUUCAAUAAUACAUAGAACAAACUAAGGAAGCGGACAAUAUUUUGCUGUCCUUCAAGUCUUCAAAGACUUCAAAGGAGUGAAUGAAACUUUGACUUUUUUAGCUUUGUGCACGGUAUUUUACGUGGCCUGCGUGCUCUAUUUUACCGUAAAUAAUUUUACUGCCACAGCUAGUUUCUGACUUGUUGACAUCCGUUAUUCCUCGUUUAAGCAGUAUUAGGAUGUUUUGUAACAGAAAAAUCAUUUGUUUUCGAAAUUGCACAUCGAUUGUCGUUUUUUUCUCAUGUGUACGUUUAUGCAUGCACAAACCUAUCAACUGAUCAAUUAAACUCGCCGUUUUGUCCGAUAAAUUCAAUAAAUCGAAACGAACUUUAAGAAAAUAUUGACUUUUUAUUAUAGUUUAAUAUUUGAUGGGGUAUUAUUCUGUGCUUGUAGUGUGUUCACACCAUACUAUUUCAUGCAAGGGAAUGCACACAUCGAGCGUCCUCUAAGAACCGGACUUUGUAAGAAUCCUGUAACUAAAAAACUCUUGACAAAUACAUUCGGAAUUGUGUUAGUAACAGGCCUUUUUCUUUUGGCUUUUCGCAUUACAUAUUGUGAUAAUAACAGAGCAAAAUUUAGCGGAAAAUAAAACCGCCGAAACAUUAUAAGUUUUAUUUUUAGUAAACAAAUUUAUAGCCGAGUUUCAAACAAUUAAGUACAGUCUUUGGCAACAACAUUUCUGGGUCAGAUGACUACAAUACUUUACUCUAUUUCUCACUCGUCCAUGGCAAUAAUAAUAUUACUGUAUUUGUUCGAAAUUACAGUUCCGUCUCUCAAGAAAAAUAUCCUACAUGCUUGUAGUAGCCGUACAUGUCGGCCGCUGUUACAUCCCCGAUCGCUCUCAACACUGCGUAUUCCAGGUUAUUCCACUUACACUAGUUCCUGGUAUCUGUACUUCAACAAAUAUUUCAGCUUCGAAAAUACCUCCUCAACAGGAUUCAGAUCUGGUGAAUACACUGGGAGGAAAUGAGCUCCAUUCCCAAAUCAUUUAGGAAGCUUCGCAGAGCUCUUUCCGCUUCGCCAUGAUUCGCGGCUAGAUUGUCCACCACAACAAUGUCGCCAACUUCGAGAAUUGGUCUUUGCGUUAUUGCAUCAACUAUUUGGGAAGCCUCAUUAAAGAAUCGUAAAAACUGUACAGAGUUCGACGCUCCUUCUAUGAUGUUUCCAUAUUUUACUCCAUCAUACCCAGUUAGAAAGUUCAGGGUGAGGUUUGCGGUAGACAAGUAUCUUCGCGCUUCUACGCAAUCUUCACCGACAGGUGAGAAACCAAAGUUUCUGUGACCGGCAUCGGGCAGUUGAAAACCUGACUCAUCGAAAAACUUAACAGAGGAAGGAUCUUUGUCUUUUAAAUAGUCAAUGUACAACUGAGUGUACACUAUAUUUUCGGGAGUAAAACGCUCGGACGCACAUUUCCCCAAUCUUUUUCGGGAAUAGUUGCGGCCACUUGGAAGUUUGUUCCUAAUAUUUCUGGAAAUUGUUGAUGUUGACAGUUCUCCGCAGUCACCGUGAAUGGCCAAAUAAUCGCGCAGUUCUUUAAGAGAGGACGAACCUCUUGCUUGCACCAUGGUCUCCAACAGAAUAGAGUCUUGGACAGUACACUUAGGAACUGUUCGAACGUGAUUCAACUUUUUGGGAGCCGUGCUUCCAGUCAAGUUGUACUGCUUAACGAUUUUUGAAACUGCACCCUUGCUGAUGCGUAAUCUUCUCCAAACUUCUGAAAAACAAUAAUCCUGCGCAAGUUCUUUUACUAGAUUCCGCAAAUCGCUUGAAAGUGGGAAACCUUUUUGAUAAUUUCUUCCUUUCUUGUUGACUGAAAACAUCUUCCCUUUGAGCAGUGCCCAAAAGGAUAACUUCACAUUUGGGCGGGAAAACUUCAAAGUUUGACACCUAAAACUCAGACGUUUGACGUCACGUGAAAACAUGUUUUACGCGCGUGCGUUCACGGGUAGAUACAAUCGACGGUACGUCCAUUUAAGUUUAUAUACUUUGAGAAUUGUUGCUUGAGCGUCGUCUUUUGACUGCCUUGUAGCAUUAUUAACUCAUUUAAGCCAGUGAGUAAUUAUUAAAUCAGGAAUCUAUCAGUUUAUUUUUUUCUUGUGCAAAUUACGGCUUUUUUCCAAACCUCGGUGGGACCGACAAAUUUCAAAAAGAAAGUGAAGUCGAAAGGAAUUCUGGCAAUUGUGGUCAAAUGAAAAUAUGGUAGUCAAAAUGGCCUAAAGAUUUUCUGUAAAUACCUCUGUGGCUAAAUAUAUGUGAAACUCUCCCAAGAAGAUCACGUGAUGUUGCUUUAGGGACUUUUUGUUUCAUUUUCGUCUUUCUUACGUGCGUUUUAAAGAGUAGCUUAAUAAAAGACGGGGGCAAAUUCCCGUGAGGACAUCAUCAGCCACAGUGGUAAAACAAAUGUACAAGCUAAAAUAGUAUAUUAAAUGAAAGGCAAUCUUCCUUAAUUACACAUAUAAAAGGCUGUUCUUAUCCUGUAAUGUUUUUGUCCUUCAUUAUCUCUUUAAGGUGUAAUUACGUCCAAAUCAUCCAUACCCGAUGAAAUACCUAACUUUGUUGGCCGCGAGGAAGAAUGUAAAGGAAUAGAACAUCAUUUGACAGAUUCAGUUACUCGACUGGUUAAUGUAUGGGGUCCACCUGGAUUUGGAAAAACAUCAGUGGCUAUCAGGAUGGCGCAUCACCUACGACAGAAGAAUAUUCCAGUUUACUUUGCUUCCCUUCGUGGAAUGGAAAGUAAGGACGAUUUGGUGUCAAAGCUGCUGAGUAUGUUCGUAGACGCUAAACAGGUCGGCCAUAUUUCAUCGUCUCACUUAAUUAUUCAAUGUUUACAACAAGUUCAAAACCCUUUUGUCUUAAUAUUAGACAAUGCAGAUGACUUACUUGAAUCUGGGGAUACCAAACGAAAAGAACACGUGGUUCGCUUUAUUGAGGAGAUCCUCAAUCAUUGCAAACAAAUAAAGCUUCUGCUAACUACUCGCGAAAGUCUGGAUUACUUCAGCCACAAGCUUUCCAUCUAUCUUGAGAAAAUUAAUGUAUUGGAUGGAAUUUCGUCUGCAAAUCUAGUAAGGCAACUGCUACCAGAUGCAUCGGAAUGUGACUGCAGUUGCAUUGUUAAGGAAUGUGAGAAAGUUCCUAUGUCCAUGCGGCUAAUGUGCAGCAUCAUUAAACAAGCAAAUAUCUCCGUAAAUGCGCUUUUACAAGAACUAAACGUUUCAACUCUGGUUGAAGUUUUGGACAGUGAAUACUUUCCUGAUGAUGCUCGACUGAAAUCUGUGAUAAACACAUCAUUUAAAAGGCUCAUGGAUCGCGAAAGAGAUGCAUUUGUUUCGCUUUCUGUUUUUCCUGAAUGGUUUGGAAUAGAGGAAGCUCAAGCCAUAUUGAAUGUAGAAACAGAAAUUAAGACCAGACAAAUAAUUCGAUCAUUGGAGCGAAAGUCCCUAAUAGACUGUGGAGAAAAUUUCAGCCAUUUUACCGUACAUUCACUAUUACGAUCCUUUAUCGAGGAAGAAGUAAAAAAUGACCAAGCAGUUGAAGCUAUAUAUCUGAAUGCACAGCUUCAGUUUUACGACUAUUACAUUUCUAGUUGUAAAGUUGCCAAUGAAGACUUUGAGAAAGGACGAUUAGGCGACGCAUUCAGAAGUUUCCUUCAUCGGCGGGGCUGUAUCAUUUCAUCGCUUGCAAAUGGUCCUCGAAAAGACAGGAUCUACUCCAGGGCUGUAGAGCUGUUGUCUCAAGCAAAGUCAUUUCUUCAAGUUGCACUGCAUGGUGAUCAGUUAUUUGAGAACCUUUAUGACACGGCGAUUGUAGAGGCAAAGAGAAGGGGAAACUUGGGCGACGAACAAAUGUUGCACUCUGCCAAAGAAUGUUCACCCUCACGACUCCGCAGAGAGACAGUGAAAAGCUUUUUCUGGCUUAGUAGAGUGCAGCGUGAAGCGGGAGACGAGAAAGGAGCAAUAGAGUCUGUAAAGGUAGGCAAAGAACUUUUGGAAAAUUCCGAGCAAGGCGUUGAUGUUAUGCGGGAUGAAAAUGCGAAUGUGCUUGAAAGUAACACAGCACCUAGCUAUUACAACGUACUAACGUCGGGCUCUAUGACAAUGAACCACCAAGGAGCUUUAAAGUCGUUACAAAGAGCAGCUGGUACGAGAUCAAAUCUACCUCGUGAUUACGCAGACACAAUACGCAAUUACCACGAACUUGGUACAGGGCAGCGUGACACGGAAGACCAACAAGGAGCUUUGGAGACUUUGCAAAGAGCAGCAACCUUGAGAUCAAAACUGCUUGGUGAUGACGAAGAGACGGCACGCAUUUACCACGAGCUUAGUAUAGUACAGCGUCAAGAGGGAGACCUGAAAGCAGCAUUAGAGUCUGUACAGGUGGGCUUACGACUGAGAGAGGAACUUUUAGGAGAUCAUCCCGAUACAGCCGACAGCUUUCAUGAGAAAGGCGUCAUUUCAUAUCUUAUGGGUGACAGUAAGUCAGCAGUUGAGACAUUCCAGAAGGCGGCAGACAUGAAUUUUAAUUUGCGAGGAGAUCACAUAAGCACAGCGCAUAGCUACUACAACCUUGGUAUAGCGCAGUUAAAGAUUCAGGACCGUGAAGGAGCUUUACAGUCUCUGCAAAGUGCAGCAGACGUGAGAUCACACCUGCUUGGUGAUCACGAGGACACGGCACUCAGCUACAUUGUGCUUGGCAAACUGCAACGGGAAGUGGGGGAUUUGAAAGGAGCAAUGGAGUCUGUACAGAUGUCCUUACGAAUGAGCAAGAACCUUUUAGGAGAUCAUCCCAAUACAGCGUUCGGCUUUAAUGAGCAAGGCGUUAUCUAUCAUGUUAUGGGGAAGUGUAAAUCAGCCGCUGAAGCAUUCCAGAGGGCAGUAGAUCUAAAUACAAAUUUGCUUGGGGAACACAUUAACACGGCACAUAGCUACCACAACCUUGGUAUGGCGCAGUCUAAGAUGAGGGAUCAUCAAAAAGCCUUUACGUCUCUACAACGAGCAGCACAUAUGAGAUCAAAUCUGCUUGGUGAUCAUGAAGACACGGCACGCAGCUACUUCGAGCUUGGCGUUGUGCAGCGUAACCUAGGAGACCUACAGGGAGCUCUGGAGUCCGUACAGGUGGCCUUACGAUUGAGGAAGGAAAUUUUGGGAGAUCAUAUGGAUACAGCCGACGCUUUUUAUGAACAAGGCGUUAUUCAUUCUGCAAUAGGUGAUAAUAAUUCAGCUGUCAGGGCAUUCCAGAAAGCAGUAGAUAUUAAUUUCAAUUUGCAGAUAGAUCAUAUAAGCACGGCACAUAGCUACCACGGCCUACGUUCUACUCAGAACAGGAAAGAUGGCCAAGAAAGAACUUUAGACUCUUUACAAAGGGCAGCACACAUGAUAUCCGAUCUGCUUGGUGAUCACGAAGACACAGCACGUAGCUACCACAGCCUCGGUUUAGUGCAACGUUGCGUGGGAAACCUCAAAGGAGCAUUAGACUCUUUGCAAAGAGCAGCUCAAAUAAGAUCAAAUUUGCUUCGUGAUCACGAAGACGUCGCAUGUAGUUACCACUGGCUUGGUCUAGUGCAGGGUGACAUGGAGAACCUCGAAGGAGCAUUGUGCUCUCUACAAAGAGCAGCACACAUGAGAUCAAAUCUGCAUGGUGAUCAUGAAGACACAGCACGCAGCUACUUUGAGCUUUGCAGAGUGCAGUGUAAAGCGGGAGACCUGAAAGGAGCCUUGGAGUCUGUAAAGCUGAGCUUACGAAUGAGGAAGGACCUUUUAGGAGAUCAUAUUGAUACGGCUGACACCUUUCAUGAGCAAGGCGUUAUCCAUCUUACUAUCGGAGAUAAUAAGUCAGCUGAAGAUGCAUUCCAGAAAGCAGCAGAUAUGAAUUUAAUUUUGGUUAGAGAUCCCUUAUGCACGGCACAGUGCUACCAUAACCUUGGUAUUGCGCAGAAUAAGAUGGAAAACCGCGAAGGAGCUCUGACCUCUUUACAAGUAGCAGCAGACACGACAUCAAAUUUGCUCGGGGAUCACGAAGACACAGCUCGUAGCUACCACAUGCUUGGUAUAGUGCAGCGUCACAUGGGAAACCUGAAAGGAGCAUUAGAAUCUUUACAGAGAGCAGCACUCAUGAGAUCAGAUCUUCUUGGUGAUCACGAAGACACGGCACGUAGCUACUUCGAGCUUGGUGAAGUACAAUGUGAGGCGGAAGAUCUGAAAGGAGCUUUAGAGUCUGUACAGCUGAGCUUAAGAUUAAGAAAGGAACUUUUAGGAGGUCAUACUGAUACAGCCGACAGCUUUCAUAAGCUAGGCGUUAUCCAUCUUGCUAUGGGAGAUAAUAAGUCAGCUGUUGAGGCACUCCAGAAAGCAGCAGAUUUGAAUUUAGAUUUUCUAGGAGAACACACAAACACGGCUCAGAGCUACCACGACCUUGGAGUUGCGCAGAAUGAGAUUAGGGACCGCAAAAGAGCUUUAGACUCUUUACAAAAAGCAACACAAAUGAGAUCAAACCUGCUACGUGAUCACGAAGACACUGCACGUAGCUACCACGUGCUUGGUGUAGUGCAGCGUGACGUAGGAGACCUUAAAGGAGCAUUAGAAUCUUUACAAAGAGCAACACAGAUGAAAUCAAAACUGCUUGGUGAUCAUGAUGACGAAGACAUGGCACGCAGCUACCACGUAAUCGGUCUAACGCAGCGUGACUUGGGAGACCUUAAAGGAGCUUUGGAUUCUUUACAAAGAGCAACAUUGAUAAAAUCAAAUCUGCUUGGUGAUGACGGAGACACUGCACGCAGCUACCACAUGCUUGGUUUAGUGCAGUAUGGCAUGGGAGACCUGAAGGGAGCCUUGAAUUCUUUACAAAGAGCAGCGGCCAUGAAAUCAAAUCUGCUUGGCGACAAUGAAGACAUGACGUCUAGCAAAAGCAUAAGUUUAGUGCAGCUGGACAUGGAAGAUCUUAAGGAAGCUUUGGAGUCGUUGGAAAAAUCAACGGAAACGACUUUUGACUUGCUUGGUUACAACGAGUACAUGGCAGCUGCCUACCUCUCUUUUGGCGUAAAGCGGCGUGAAAUGGGAGAUCUCAAAGGGACUUUGAAGUCUUUGAAAAUAGCACAGAACAUGUCAUUAAAUUUGCUUUGUGAUCACGAGAUCACGGCACGCAGCUACUACGAGCUUGGUACAAUGCAACGUGAAAUGGGAGACCUCAAAGGAGCUUUGGGUUCUCUAGAAAGAGCAGCAAACGUGAGGUCAAAGCUGCUUGGUGAUCACGAAGACACGGCUCGCAGCUACCACGAGCUUGGUAGAGUGCAGCAUGAAAUGGGGAACCUAAAGGGAGCUCUAUAUUCUUUACAAAUAGCACAAAAAAUGACAUCAAAUUUGCUUGGUGAUCACGAAAAUACGGUACGCACCUACUGCGACCUAAGUAGAGUGCGACGUGAAAUGGGAGACCUUAAAGAGUCUUUGGAUUCCUUAGAAAAAGCAGCAAACAUGAGGUCAAAACUGCUCGGAGAUCACGAAGACACGGCACGCAACUACCACGAGCUUGGUGUAAUGCAGCACGAAAUGGGGGACCUGAAAGGAGCUUCGCAAUCGUUAGAAAAAGCAGCAAACAUGAGAUCAAGAAUGCUAGGCGAUCAU